AUGAGCGGUGAUUCGGAACAUCAAGAAUUUGUAGAAACCUUAGAAUCCUUUCAUGACCUUAAAACAGGUAUUUCAGGGUCUCGUAUUAAAAAAUUGACAACGUAUGCCCUUGAGCAUGUUGCCUCCGAGGAACAACUGAUAUCCCUCAUAAUAAAUUACUCAAGAACUUGUGAAAGUUCUCAUAAACUUGGGUCUCUGUAUAUCAUCGACUCCAUCGGUAGAGCGUAUCUUGAUGAGGCAAGAUCCGGAACUGUAGAUACACCAGCCCCAGCAGGCACCGCUGCACACGCAGUGGCGACUCUAGGCGAGGUUAUCCAAGAGCUUUUAUCAGAUGCCUUAGAGAAAAGCAAUCAGGACCACAAGGAGAAGAUCAAACUCCUGAUGGAUAUUUGGGACAGAUCUGCACUUUUUCAAAAAGAGUGUAUCAACUCUGUAAGAAACAAGUUCUUCCCCACACCUACAUCAAGCGCCAAUAAAAGCAUAGACGAUGAUAUGGUACAACUUCCCAAUGAUCCUAGUGAGAGAGCUGAUAAAAUUCUAGAGACUCUAAAGCCCAUUGAUAUUGUUCCCGCAGUGUCUCUCCCAUCUGGUUUAUUCUCAGAUGUUGAGCAUGACCAGAAGCGAGCCCUUGUGCAACUUUUGGUAUCCAUACAAAAACAGUAUGAAGAAGACCCAAGAUUGUCCAAGCAGGAUAGUGCUGCACAGCCUGUUCCACAGUCUAGAAGAGACGAAAACAGGCAAUCUCGCCAUGUUAUAACCGAAUAUGGUAGUAGACGUGAGCGCGAACGUGAACGUGAAAAGAAUAACAGAAGAAAUAGAUCGAGGUCACCAAAACGUGAUACAAUGAACUAUGGCGGUGACUCAGCCCCAUCACGUUACCAAAAUAUGCCGCCUGUAAACAAUAGUAACUACAACUUAGGUGCACCAAAUAUGAACUUUGGAGUAAAUAAUCAUCACUUGUAUCCUGAUGAAGUAAAUGUGCCGGCCAACCCUCACUAUAGAAACAAGACUGUAACAUUUGAGCCUUCUAUUCCACCUGACCACAUCAAGGUGUACAGUAGAACACUUUUCCUAGGUGGUGUUCCUAUGAAUAUGAAGGAAUGGGAUAUAGCAAAUGUUUUGAGACCGUAUUCCGAAGUACAAAGUGUAAUCUUGAAUAAUGCGAGAAAGCAUGCCUUUGUAAAAGUCUACUCUAGACAAGAAGCUGAGAAUGCUCUGUUAAACUUUAACAAGGAUGGCUCGUUACCGUUGAGAACUAGAUGGGGUGUUGGUUUCGGCCCUAGAGAUUGUUGUGAUUAUCAACAUGGUUUCAGCAUAAUACCAUUGCAUCGUCUUACUGAUGCUGAUAAGAAAUGGUCCGUCAGUGCCCAAUGGGGUGGUACUGGUGGACAACCACUAACAAGUGGUAUAGCUUUUGAAGAACCAGAUAUUGUUGUAGGUGAAGGUGUUUCCUCCAAAGCAAUAUCUCAAAAAAUGCCUACUGACUCUGGUAGGAAUGGCCCAAGAUCUAAUAAGGCGAAAAACAUGGCACCUCAAUAUGGUCCUCCACAAGCAGCUGUUAUAUCACCCAGUCAAGGUUAUGCUGGGAUGCAGCAAGGCUACCCACAGCAACAACAACAACAACAAAUGGGAAUGUAUGGCCAACCAAUGAUGCAACAGCCAAUCAAUGCUUACGCUUCUCCUGCCCAACAACAGCCUAUAAUGCAAGCUCCUCCUCCUCCAGCACCUCCUAGCCAACAACAACAAUCAUCUAACUAUGAUCCUACAGCACAACUGAACUCGCUGAUGAAUAUUUUGAAUCAGCAGCAACAGUAA